CGACACCAAACGAACACCUGCAGCGACAUCGCCUCGACAGUCACUUCAGAUCCCUUCAUAUACCUACCGUGUCCAGUGCUUGCCCGGCGCCACAUCUCCUCCCUCCAUAAACGAACCGCUCAUGAACCAUUCGGCAGAGACAGACCCUCGCCGCCGUCAGAGAGUCAACGAACGCAUGGAUGAGACCUCGCACCGUACCUACUAACUUCGUAAACUCCAUCAUUAUUCAACAGACAUAACAACUACAGGAUCCAAGCUCCAGCCGCUCCUACUGCAGUGUCCGCGCGAGUGCAGCGACACCAUCAUGGCUCCGCACUCCAACGCUACCGCGACGAAGCCCGUCGAUGAGAGCCCGCCGCCGGCAUACAACGUUGCUCCGAACGGAAAUGAGGCGCCGGACGACGACGUCGACCUCGCUGCCACCUUUGUGAAGCUCUCCCUAGACAAUCAGCCCAAAGACCCCGACCCCGACAUGUGCCUUGCCCACCUGAAACUUCUCCAUGCCAUCCAGAGCAUGAAGGAGGACGUUGGCUACACGGACGGCUUGUGGGAUAUCUGGGAUUCCCGUGCCGAGAACCCACUCGAAGACUUCUUCACGACGCAGGCCUUGACGCCCGACGCCGACGAGCCCAGACCUACCGGGGAGGACCGUGCCAAGGCCGCUCUCAGCAGGAUCCGCGAGAAGCGUUGGGCCCUGUUCGUCGCCCGCGCCGUUGACAGAUAUGAGGCCUGGUGGCGAUCCCUCCCCAGGGGACACAUGUUGACGGAGCAAGACAUGGAACAGGACGGCAACCCGCGCUAUAGCAGGUUUCCAUCAAAUGGGGAGCUGCUUGACUGGAGGGAACACAUCCUACCGCCCCUAGACGUGCUCAUGGUCUUCCACGCCCACAUGCUCAAUCCCCGAUCAUUUCUCGAGGAUACCAUGCGUCACGGAAUGGGCACCACGUGGACCGCGGGAAUGCCGUGGAGCCUUGUCAACGGCGCCAUCGACACCAAGUUCAACUACAACGUCCCGGACUCUGCCAAGAAGAGAUGGUCGGAAAUCACGAACCGUGCGUGGGCGAAUCAGGAUGACGCCAUGACCAAGCCGCUGCCCUGUGCCUUUUGCAAACACACCAACUCUGUGCCAUGGACGACGUGUGGUAUAAGUGAGCAGGCGAAACAAGUCGCGACUCCGGGCCUUGUUGGAAACGGCUACGGCGAUGGCAACUUCAGUCACAUCUGCGACAACUGCGGCUUGCAUAACUACAAGGAGCUUCUGUCGGUAACCAAGUUUGUUCAAGACUCGACAUUGCUUCUCACCCGCUCCGUGCCGAUGCCCGGCACCAUUCUCGACCCCAAGAUGGGCCGUCCAGAGCGUAUACCGGGAGAGCCUCUAUCUCUCUCCUUUUCGCGCACCUUUCCCAACAGAAUGAUCAGACUAGAUCUGCGGAUCAAGAUCAUGGAGCUCAUACGGCCUGAUGGCGACUUGCAUCCAACCAUGGAGACGGUCCGUGGCUUGGUCGAGUCGGUGGUCGGAAGCGACAGCCGCGUGCGCAAGAUCGACUCUGUAUCCACCUAUCGAAGUCGGUACAGGCCGCGCGUUCAAUCAAAGGUAUCCGUACGCCGGAUGAUGAGCAGGUACUGGGAGAACUUUUCUCCUUUUGCGCUCGACCUGAGCGGCGCGGUCAUCCGCCAAGGCGUCUUUAUUGACAAGAUGGUCAAGCUUGACUGGCUGCAUGCUCCGUCGGCGCGAGAGACUAUGCAGCGCCUCAUCAAAAAGUACAAGCGAUUCAUCCGAAUCAUGCACUUGAAUCCGUCGCAUGUGGCGGUCCCGACCCUGGACGUGGACCUGGCAUGGCACACGCACCAACUCUCACCCAUCGCGUAUUAUCACCACACGGUUGAACUGUCAGGACAGUUCAUCGACCACAAUGACAAGAUGGACGAGAGCAAACUGAGCGCGGCGUUCGAAUGGACCAGCACGAAGUACCAGGAGAUGUAUAAUGAAGUAUACAGCGAGUGUACCUGCUGGUACUGCGAGACCCUUCGAUCGGCGAUGGUGUCGUCGGUAGGCAAGAUCCUAGGCUCCAAGGACCAAAAGAUAGCCGACGAGUUCCACAGCUCGGGCGCGGCGAAACUCUGCCCGCCCGACAAUUCAGCCCACAUCUCCGCGCACAACGCCGUGCGUUCCCUCGAGACGGCUGACAGGAAACGGGUCACGAGCUACCUGCGAGCCCGGCAUCAGGAGAAGCUCGACCGGAACUACGAGCGGGCCCAGAAGCGAGCCCAGAAGAAGGGACGCGAGCUGCCGCCCAAGGAGGAGUACUACAACCACUGGGGCUACAGCUAUUACAUGUACUCGCCGUUCAUGUUCCCGUACUACUACGCCCCCGGGCUGUACUAUACGUGGGAUCCUUGCUACGUAAGUGCGGGAGCUGGCGCGUGGGGUGCCUGCGCUGCGGGCACCUGUGGAGCGGGCGGCAUUGGAGGCUGCGGGGGCGUUGGGGCCUGUGGCAGCGCAGCAGGCGGUGCGUGCGGCGGCGCGGGUGGCUGCGGAGGAGGCAACUGCGGCGGUAGUGGUGGUGCUUGUGGUGGAAGUGGUGGCGGCGGCGGAGGAGGCUGCGGCGGCGGCGGCGGCGGCGGCGGCUGCUGA